UGGAUUCCCCACGUUUUUGAACUUUCAUUUUUUCUAUUGGUUUAGUUUGUUGGCCCCACAAUUUUCCGUAGCUUUCACACUCAAAUUUGGUGAGCCAAUGAGUACAUAUAUUGAGAGACUGUAGGCCUACUGCUUCACAAGAACAGCACAGCCUUCAAAUUGUUCUGAAAGAUUUGCUGAUUAUAAUUGUUGAAUUGGCUUACAGAUCAUGGAGGGAAAACACUCUGUUCCAAGUAUGACCAAGCCUACUAAUAUCAUACAAAAUCAUGACUUCUCUGAAGGGCUAAGCUUUUGGCAUCCGAAUGGCUGCGACGGCUAUGUUGCUUCAACUGAACCAGGUCCUCAAGGAGGAGUGACAAUGACAUUAGGUGCUAAACAUGCUGUUAUCACAAACAGAAAGGAAUGGUGGCAAGGUCUUGAGCAAGAUAUCACCGGAAAAAUCUCUGUCGCUUCCGCUUAUGCUGUUUCGGCCAAUGUUGGAGUAGCUGCACUUUCUGAGGGAUCUGCUGAUGUUCUAGCUACCCUGAAACUAGAGUAUCAUGGUUCUGAUGCAAGCUACCUGUUCCUUGGGAGAACUUCUUGUACAAAUGGUAGCUGGGAAAAUCUGAAAGGGACAUUUUCAUUGUCAACUAUGCCUGAUCGAGUUACAUUUUAUUUGGAAGGACCUGCUCCUGGAGUUGACCUUCUUAUACAAUCAGUAGAGAUUACCUGCUCUAGUUCAAGUGAUAUUGAGGAUCAUGCAAAAACAACAGGAACUUUGUCAACUGAAGAUGAUAACAUCAUAAUAAACCCACAAUUUGAUGAUGGCCAGAAUAACUGGUCUGGAAGAGGCUGCAAGAUCGCAAUACACGACUCACUGGGAAAUGGAAAAGUCCUUCCCAAGGUUGGAAAAUUCUUUGCAGCUGCAACAGAACGCACCCAAAGCUGGAAUGGAAUUCAGCAGGACAUUACCGGACGGGUGCAGCGCAAGCUCGCCUAUGAACUCUCUGCUUUGGUUCGGAUAUUUGGAGGCAAUGUGACUUCUUCUGAUGUCCGCGCAACUUUAUGGGUUCAGAAUCCGGAUUCUCGAGAGCAGUAUAUAGGAAUUGCCAAUGUGCAGGCAACAAAUCAAGAUUGGGUUCAAUUGCAGGGAAAGUUCCUUAUAAAUAAUUCCCCAUCAAAAGUGGUUGUUUAUUUAGAAGGUCCCCCAGCAGGCAUUGACAUUCUUGUCAAUACUAUUGUUAUAAAACAUGCUCCCAAGACACCUCCAUCAACGCCACCAGAUUUUGAGGAUGCUCCUUUUGGGAUUAAUAUAAUUGAGAAUAGUAAUCUGGCUAAUGGCACCAAUGGAUGGUUUCCCCUUGGUAAUUGUACUCUGAGUGUUGGAACCGGUUCGCCACGUGUGCUUCCACCAAUGGCAAGAGACUCUCUUGGACCUCACGAAUCGUUGAGCAGCCGCUAUGUCCUUGUAACGAACCGCACCCAAACAUGGAUGGGGCCUGCUCAGAUGAUCACUGAGAAAUUGAAGCUGUUCUUAACAUACCAAGUGUCUGCUUGGGUGAGGAUUGGUUCAACAGGAUCAGUUGGUCCUCAGAAUGUGAAUGUUGCCCUUAGUGUUGACGAUCAGUGGGUGAAUGGAGGACAGGUUGAGGUUGCUGAUGACAGAUGGCAUGAAAUUGGUGGAUCAUUUAGAAUUGAGAAGCAACCAUCAAAGGUUAUGGUUUAUAUUCAAGGUCCUGCUUCUGGUGUUGAUUUGAUGAUUGCUGGACUUCAAAUCUUCCCUGUUGAUAGACAAGCAAGGUUUAGAUAUUUAAGGAGGCAGACAGACAAGGUUCGAAAGCGCGAUGUAAUCUUGAAAUUCUCUGGGCUGGAGGACAUAAGUGGUCUAGGAACUUUGGUUAAAGUGAGGCAAAUACAGAACGAUUUUCCAAUUGGAACAUGCAUCAACAGAACAAACAUUGACAAUGAAGACUUUGUUGACUUCUUUGUGAAGCAUUUUAACUGGGCUGUGUUUGGGAAUGAGUUGAAGUGGUAUUGGACAGAACCACAACAGGGGAAUAUCAACUACAAAGAUGCUGAUGAAAUGUUAGACUUAUGCCUCAAGAACAAGAUAGAAACCCGCGGCCACUGCAUCUUCUGGGAAGUAGAAGGCACAGUUCAGCAGUGGAUCAAAUCACUGAACAAAGACGAUUUGAUGAAAGCGGUCCAAAAUCGGUUAAGCAGCCUCUUGAAUCGGUACAAGGGGAAGUUCAGGCACUAUGAUGUUAACAAUGAAAUGCUGCAUGGUUCAUUUUAUCAAGACAGGCUUGGUAGAGACAUAAGAGCAAACAUGUUCAAGACAGCACACCAAUUAGACCCAUCUGCUACUCUCUUUGUGAACGAUUAUCACAUUGAAGAUGGAAACGACACAAGAUCAACACCAGAGAAAUACAUUCAACAGAUUCUUGAUUUGCAACAUCAAGGUGCACCAGUUGGUGGAAUUGGAAUUCAAGGACACAUAGAUAGUCCUGUGGGGCCUAUUGUUUGUUCUGCACUUGAUAAAUUAGGGACUCUUGGUUUACCAAUAUGGUUCACUGAGCUUGAUGUUUCUUCAAGAAAUGAGUAUGUUAGAGCUGAUGAUUUGGAAGUUAUGAUGAGGGAAGCCAUGGCACACCCUUCAGUAGAUGGCAUAAUGCUGUGGGGAUUCUGGGAAUUGUUUAUGAGCAGGGAGAAUUCACACUUGGUGAAUGCAGAAGGUGAUGUUAAUGAAGCUGGAAAAAGGUUACUUUGUCUUAAACAAGAGUGGUUGUCUCAUAGCCAUGGCUGUGUUGAUGAUCAAGGACUAUUCAGCUUCAGAGGCUUCAGUGGAACAUACAAUGUUGAAGUUGUAACCUUAUCUAAGAUUGUUUCAAAGACAUUUGUUGUUGAUAAAGGUGACUCUCCUUUGGAGGUAGAGGUAUCCUUUGACUAGUAGUGUGCUGCUUUUAUUUGUGAAUUCCAUUCAUUUCUUUUAAAUAAAAUAUAAUUUUAU